AUGCCCCAGGGAAAUAAAUAUCUGGGACUAGGACCGGGGAAAAUAGUAAGAGGGACGUCACUUGGCAAUUUUCAGCACACAUCAUCAGUGUUUAUAAAAACGGACCCGUGAGUCAGGUGGAAGCUUCAGUUUCAGUUGCUCGAGAGACGUCUUCACCUCACCCUUGGUCAGCUCUUGAUUGUUUUUGAUCUUGAAAUAGUCUUGGACGACAUCGUCCGGAACUCCAAUCAGGAAUGACGGCAAUAUCUCGUCACUUGUCCUGGGCGUUGAUGUCUCGUAGACGUCCUCACCGCUACCUUCCCCCAUACCCCCACUAAUCAAGUGUACGAGCACGCUUAGGGGAAUUUCAGGCUUCAGAGUCGGUUGUAGGGGAAUUUCAGGUUUUAGAGUUGGUUGAAUAACAACGGGGCCCGGAGUAGGAACACCCUCAAUGACAAUGGGAUUCAAAGUAGGAACACUUUCAUGACCCGGGUAGAUAUCCCAUGUUCCUUCUGGAGUAACAGGAUAGGUAAUAGCCUCAUCGACAGGGGGAUAGAUCGCUUGAUGAAUGAGUAUCGAUGGAAUGGGUGGACUGCCACUUUCUAUCUGGAAGAACUCUCCUCAAUUUCGUGA